CGUCCGGCCGCCACUACCGCAACCGCCGCCUGCUCAAGCAGCACGGCCCGCGCGCGCCCGCCCUCGCAUCUGCAGGUUCAGACCUUGGUACUGGGCUUCCCAUGCAACUUGACACUCCUUCCCUGCUCUCUCAGCCUUCAUUUAUUUUCUCAGCCAACCCUUGCAUCACCAGUGAUGGCACCGGCACCAGCUACAGCAUGGUGCCAUCUCCACCUUCCUACCACAAGUCAUUGAUCCCUGUUCACCUCAAUACCAUCAGCUCUACCACUAAUGUCCUGUCUGCCAGAGAAGACCAAACACCCUCUACCUCUACCAGUUACCCGUCAGCAUUUGCUGCCCUCCAUCUGAGAAAUGCACCUGCUCCCUCAAAACAGAACAACCAAAAGCUUGUUAUUUCUGAGGCCUCCAACAGUGCGAUUUGUGGAGGGGCUGUGGGACAGUACACUGGUACUGGGACUACAGGAAGCAAUAUUGGUCUUGCCCUCUUUGGUGUUGGGCUUGGGAACAAAGCAUUGUUUCAAAGUUUAAUGGAAGAAAAUAGUUGCUGUUUACUCUACAUUGUUGAGGAUCAGCUACUAGACGUGGAACGUGCCUUCAGUACUGAAUUCCUGGCCAACACCAGGGUGCUGCGGCAGCAGGAUGCUGACAUUGUGCUCAAUGAUCAACGUGUCUCUGGAGCCAUUAUUUGUUCACCUCCUGAAGCAGCCUCAGAAAUUGUAUUAGAUGCUUUGCGAGCGGGGAAAGGUGUGUUUUGCGAGAAGCUGCCCAGUUUAGACAGGCAGACAGCAGAGGCUUGUUUUGACGAAGCUGACAGAUGUGGAAGACCAUUGGUCUGUGGAUUCUACAAGCGCUUUGAUCCAGCCAUGCAGUUCUUGUAUAAAAAAGUCCAUGACAGCCAGGCACUGGGGAGGAUUCAUCGGAUAUCAACGGUUAGCAGCAUAUAUCCAGCGGCUUCUCUUAGCUUCCUAAAAAAGUCAGGUGGGAUUUUCUAUAACGCUGCUGUACAUGACAUUGAUAUUAUCAGUUUGUUACUGGGGGAAAGCGCACCAGAUACAAUAUUUUCUUUGGGACAUGCAUUCUGUGCAGACAUGGCCUACUUGAAGGAUGCAGACACUGUAGCAGUCAGCAUGAAAUUUCCUAGUGGAGCCAUUGUUACAUUGGACGUCAGUCAGCACUGCACUAAAAGCUGCGAUCAGAGACUAGAGGUCCAUGGUUCUCAAGGAUCAUUACGGGUAGAUAAUCAGAAUCCCUUGGGAAUUACUGAACAUGGAACCUCUGUGUCCAUCUGUUCACAGACCCAGGCUGACCGGUACCGGGAUGCAUACAGAGAGCUCUUCCGACAUUUUCUAAGGACCCUCAAAGGCAAUGAACCCCCUGUUAUCACCAAAGAGCAGUUUCUCUGGACGAUUCAGGUAGCUGCGGCUGCUGAGCAGUCCUGGAGGAACGGAUCUGCUGUCGACUUGCGCAACGAAGCAAUAGAUGUGUCAGUAAUCAAGACUGAAAUCAUGUGAUGUGCACUGCUGCUUGAAGUGAAGGAGCUGUCCGGAGACCUGCUAGAGAGCGCACCUCUCUAUCUAGUGAUGUUCCCACUGUUGUCUUAAAACAAAAAGCCUUGUUGUGUUUUGUCAUUUUCAUUGGCGAUGCCCAGAACUUGGAGCUUGUUUUGAACUCCAUAAACAUGCAGUGCUCCUGUUGCUGAUGUUUUGGAGGAUGUUAUCCGGGACCCUUAAAAGAAAUGAUGGAGGCUUUGUCUGCACUGGCAUUUCCCUUUUAUAUUAUGGAAUAUUAUUUCCUUGACAGUGGAUUUCCCUGAGGCUGGUCAUAACGUGGUAAGGAUAUGCUGGCAUUUCCUUUCUGAGGGAGUCAAAUCCAGGUAAUGGAAUAGAAUUUUCUUGGUAGCAGACCCCCUGAUGCUGAUUGCGAUGUGGUAAGGAAAUAGAAACAAUCCUUUGUGGUUGUGAAGACUGUGCAAUUAAUCUCUCAUGGCAGCUUCGUAAAUGAGAUGAAACUGUGAUGCUCAAAACGAGGAAACAAAGGUACCUGUAUGGCCCAUGCCGCACACCCGAUACUGUGUCGUAUGUACCCCUCUUACAGAUUGCACGUUUCUAGAACUUUGUGUUCUGGUCUUUGCUAUAAAUUUGGAAAUCAUAGUAGCUGAGAAGUAUGCAUCUGCUUCUUUAGGAGAGGGCAAAGCUGGCAGAGAGAUUUCCUGCCAUUCUGGCUGUAGUGUUAGUGAUGAAAGAUUUUUGCGGGCUUAGACUGUCACACAGAGCACAACCGUACCCUUGGGCAUUUCUAAUCUGAAUAGUGCAUCACUAUUAAAAAUAAAUAAAGGUUUAUGUUUCAAAAUACUUCUGUGGAUAUCUGUGCGGUAGCUCUGUACAACAUCUGUUACUAGGCGAUGUCACCUGGAUUCUACAGUGCAUCAGGAGAGGCCGUGUAUAAGCGGUUUUGUUUUCCUUGCAAACUCUUGUGCUUCGGUGUUUCUCUGUAGGGCACUGAUUUGCAGUUCCUUUGCCCUGAGUGGGGGAGGGAGUCCGAUACACAGGUUUUUA